AUGACAAAACGCUCGCGAACGUCCUCACGGUCGCCGUCGACCGAGCCUGAGUUAUGUGCAAGGCCCACGUUACCGGUGACAUCUACCUCAUCGCCCCCGGAGUCCAGCAAGAUCCUUCACCUGGAAACCGAACCGGUCGAGGUCAUGCAUUGUAGCCUCCCGCCCCACGAAACCCUCGGGUUCAGUUCCUACGAAGACUACGAAGUGCACUACAACCAGGUGCACACCAACCAAUGCAUGCAAUGCCUGAAGAAUCUCCCCUCUCAGACCUUGCUGGAUCUGCACAUUGAAGAAAAUCAUGACGCUCUGACCGAGGCCCGUCGGGCCCGCGGAGAAAAGACUUAUGGCUGUUUCAUUGAAGAUUGCGCGAAGAAAUGUUCCACACCAUCCAAACGUCGAAUGCAUCUCAUAGACAAGCAUGGCUUUCCUCGAGACUACAACUUCUACAUUGUCAAUGAUGGCAUCGGGAAGCAAACAUCUCUGUUGAGACCUUCAUCGACGAAAAAUAACCAGAACAGACGACGACGCAUCUCCAUAGCGUCUAUAUCGUCCGCUCAUGAGGGUCGAUUACGCCGGCGCAGCUCGGUGUCCCAAUCCAGUAUCCCUUCUGCGGCGGGUCAAGUUUCCCAGAACACACCCAAUGGUUCUCCUCUCAAUGAAUCUGAUGAUAUGGAAAUUGACGAGCUGGAACGGUCGAUGUCGGCCCUCCGUUUUGUGCCUGCGAGUCUAUCGAGAAACCGAGGGCCCAAAGCGCCACCGAAGCAGUCUUAG